AUGUCCGGAACGUCGAACAAGCCCUUGCAGCUCGACUACGCCCGCAACACCUACUUCACCCUCUCUACCGCCUCCGCUAUACCUCCGACACUCCCCACUCUCCCUUCGCCCGACUCUUUCGCGAUCAGCAGCGGGCCCCGUCUCGAGUAUGUCGGUCCAGUCGGACCAGGCAGCAUGGCGGACGAGCAUGUGGUCGCCGUUGAAGGGAUAGCGACGGGAACAAGCGAGGUCACGGAGAUUGAAGCAGUCGAGGAGGCGAAGCGACUGCUGAAGGCCGUCCAGGGAGUCAAGCGGGUUGAGAUGAUGCAGCCAACGAUGCGCUCGAAGCGGUGA